AUGAUCGACGGCUAUGAUGUGGUAUUCCAGCUCCCAGCCGAUGUUUUAAUCGAGCGUUAUUUUGCCGUCAUCAAUGCGGCAAAUGCCAAAAUUGCCGCUCGUUUCGGCGCCGACACCAUCGAGGGUCUCACUGGAGCGAACGCUCCCCGGCAGACCAUUCUGUUCGGUCCCGAGAAAAUCUGUUAUCCGGUAGACUGGAGCCGACCUGGAUGCUGGGCUGCCCCAGAUGAUUUGGAUAUCCCGGUGGGCGCAUUUGGGCCCAACGAUGGGGAGUUGGACCACAAUCAAGCCCGAUGGCUGAACUCGGGGACCAUCAUGGGCCCAGUCGGAGAUAUGAGAAAGAUGUUCUCAGCUACCAUGAAACGCAUCAAUGCAACCUAUGACCCGGCACAUGAAUACAGCGACUCAGACCAGCGGUAUCUGAGUGAUGUCUGGGGUGAACAGGAAUAUUGGCGCUCUAUCGCAAGACAUGAGCUCUACUUCCACGAUGGAGCGAACGCGACAGAUAGACCACCAGCAGGAGACCCUGGCCCAGUGCCAAGGGUAAUCCCAACUCGAGUCCGGGGCCAACAAACAGAGUUCCAUAUUGGCAUAGACUACAGGUCUCAGUUGUUCCAGACACGCGUGGGCUCCGACCAGGUUAUCGAGCAUGUUGCAUUUGAUCGCCCUACCAAUGAAAAGACCGAUCUCGCGACAUUUGUGACCAACAACACAAUCCAGUCCCCAAAUUUCAAGCCAUAUCACAUCAAACUACCAAAAAACGUGGUGUUUUCCACUACACGAAUUCUGCAUUCAAUUUCCGAAAUCCUAGAGGGCAAACCCGAAGACCUGAUAUCUACCAUCCGUUUCGGAACAAACUUCGUGACAAAGAACGUGUAUGGGAUGUUCCAUUGUAUCGGCGAGAAGACAUAUCUCGAUGAUCUCUGGUAUCGACUGUGGUUCCAGAGAUACGCGCAGCCGUUGUUUGAAGCCGCCAUCCGAACCAUCAAAGAGGGGAAAAAGAUCUCCGAUACACCCAUCGACGGACGCAGGUGGGAGGUUGCUCACGAGUAUCCAAAGACAUCUGAGAUGGACCUGCAAGCUGGUGGUGUGUGGGCCGACUUUGAUGGCGAAUGGUUAAGUUGGGGAGAACUGUGCCAGCCCUUCGAGGGCGAUCUUUUUGGUGCUAAACCUUGA